GUAACUAAAUUUCCUCGCCAGCUUGUGCAUUUGUGUCGGUCUUUGUAUUCCCGUUCUUUCCCCCCUUUCCCUAAAAAAUCAAAUCCCUAACAUUUUUAUUCUUCAACUUUGACCUAAUCCCAUCGGCCCCUCUGCUUUCCGUUGAGAUCCGGCAUAAGCUUUGGUCUGGUUUUCAGCGGAUUUUCGAUUCGACGCCAUGAAACUAUCCUUCUCUCUCCCCUCCAAAUCAAAACCCACCCAAAAAGUGCCCAUCCCCAAGCCCUCCACCGCCCAAGAUGACCUAAACCCCAAAGAAUUUGUCACAGAAUUCGACCCUUCCAAAACCCUACCCGACCCCAAUUCCAAACCCUCCUACGUAAUCCCUCCCAAGCAAAACGAAUGGCGCCCAUACAAGAAGAUGAAGAAUCUUGACCUCCCUCUCCAAUCCGAUGCCUCUCGUGAUCUCCAAUUCGAGCUUGAUUCCUCCUCUCACAAUCCCAACCCUGAUUCCGCAAUCUCUUACGGUCUCAAUCUCCGCAAUAACAGCUCCACCAAGGGUGAGGCGGAUAACAAAGAUGUAACUCCUGGAUCAGCAGCUUCCGUCGAGACGCUCCUUCUCCAGAGUUUUAAAGAGGAUUUGAAGAAGUUGCCCGAGGAUCGAGGGUUUGAGGAGUUCGAGGAUGUACCUGUGGAGGGUUUUGGUAAGGCUUUGCUUGCUGGAUACGGGUGGGUUGAAGGUAGGGGAAUUGGGAAAAACGCUAAAGAAGAUGUUAAAGUAAAGCAAUACGAGCGGAGGACCGACAAAGAGGGGUUAGGGUUUAGUUCUAAGGAAUUUAAAGACAGAGGACAGGGUUUGAAGAAUGUCAAAGAGAAUAUUGACAAGAAAGAAAGAGAGGAGGAUGAAGAUGGGUUUUUUGUGGGGAAAGACGUCAGAGUGAUUGAAGGGAGAGGGAUGGGUUCCAAAGGUACAAUAAUGGAGAAGUUGGGCGAUAGUUGGGUUGUUUUGAAGUUGAAGAAUAGAGACGAAGAAGUUAAAGUCCGUAUAUCUGAGAUAGCUGAUUUGGGUUCAAGGGAAGAAGAGAAGUGUUUGAGGAGAUUGAAGGAGUUGAAGAUUAGGGAUGAAAAAAUGUCGAAACAUAAGGAUGAAAGAAAGUAUAGUAAACGGAGUAGAAAUACUGAAAAAAUAAGUGAAACACAAGUUAAUGUGGAGAGAACUAGGACUAAUGGUGACCGAGGGGUUUCUUGGCUUAAAAGUCACAUUAGGGUUCGGAUUAUUAGUAAAAGUUUAGCAGGGGGGAGGUUAUAUUUGAAGAAAGGGCAGGUGGUGGAUGUUGUUGGACCAUAUAUGUGUGACAUAGCAAUGGAUGAGAGCAAAGAGUUGAUUCAAGGGGUUGAGCAGGAACUGCUCGAGACUGCAUUGCCGAGGCGUGGGGGUCCGGUUCUUGUUUUGUAUGGUAGGCAUAAAGGUGUGUAUGGAAAUUUGGUAGAGAGGGAUUUAGAUCGAGAAAUGGGUGUUGUAAGAGAUGCUGAUAGUCAGGAGUUGCUAGAUGUGAAACUUGAACAGGUUGCUGAGUAUAUGGGGGAUCCAAGCUAUCUUGGGUAUUAAUUAUGGCAUAUACCUUCUCAACACAGAUAAAAGCAAUAGGUAUUUCCUGCUAAAGUGUGCCCUUCUGUCAAUUUUUGUUCAUCACCUAUUGCCAUGUCAAACGCUGUAUUAUCGAAGUUAUGGUUCAAAUAUAACCAUUCUUGCUGUAUUUUUAUUUGUACUUAGCGUAUAAGCUUCUCCAUUAGUGUUCAAUUGGCAAUUUAAAGUAUUCCAAUUUAUAGAUUAGAAUUCCAAUCAAUCUGAAAAUGAAGAUAUUUUUCUUCCUCUC